GUCUCUUCUGCGUGGCAUGAUAUCCUUAGAUGGAGGAGCGAGGCCCCGAAUCCUGCUGCCGCAACGACCCGGCCCUCCUCAACGACCCUACAUACAAAUGGUCGCUCGAAUGCUCCAGCCUAUACUGGGAGAACGUUACCAAGAUGUUCGAUUUGCGCCACUGCAACCUUGACCCUAACUAUAUUUGCAAGGACGAAUGCAAGGACGUUCCGUACCUAUACCCUACCCCCAGGGAUUGC